AUGUUGCAGUUUGGUGGCGCCUUUGGUGGUUUUGUGGACUCAUUUCUAAACCGACUGAGUUGGUGGUAUCGUUUACCAGCAUUUGCUAUAUCUUCUUUAUGCCUUCUAUCGACUGUUUUUGCAUUGCUUGGUUAUCGUUUCGACCUAUUUUAUGGCUUGAUUCGGAUUGAUUUUUCCAAGCAAGAAGUUACGAGAGUUGCCGUUGAAAAAAGAAAUGAUAAUGAGUGCUACAAAUAUAAGAAAUCGCAGUCGGACAAGUUUAUUGAAUGCCGUCGGGAAGAAGGUCCGAGAGCAGCAGUACUGGUCAGGGAAUUGUAUCAGAAGGCAUUCUGUCCUGCGCAAACUGCGUCUCGAUCUUAA